CUGACCCAUUCCUCCGUACCUUUGUCGCCCAGCUCUGCCACUCCGAGGAAGGAGAAGCUAUCCGGUAGAAAGAGGCCGAAAGAUCCAACUCCGGAGGCAAAGAUUGCCUCUCUCUCCUCCCCCUCCAUUGUUGAGCUCGUUGCAUGGACAACCAGCAGCUGCACUCGUAUCCACAGGCGCCCUUCCAUCAUCUCCUCCAGCAGCUGCAGAUGUUCUGGAACUACCAGCGGCAGGAGAUCGAGCAAGCCACCGACUUCAAGAACCACCAGCUCCCCCUGGCGCGGAUCAAGAAGAUCAUGAAGGCCGACGAGGACGUGCGGAUGAUAUCGGCGGAGGCCCCCAUACUGUUCGCCAAGGCCUGCGAGCUGUUCAUCCUCGAGCUCACCAUCCGCUCGUGGCUCCACGCGGAGGAGAACAAGCGGCGCACGCUGCAGAAGAACGACAUCGCCGCGGCCGUCUCGCAGACCGAGAUAUUCGACUUCCUCGUCGACAUUGUGCCGAGGGAGGAGGUGAAGGAAGAGGGACUCGGACUGGCGGGAGGCGGCGGGGUGGGUGGUGCGGCCGCCGGCGUGCCCUACUACUAUCCUCCCAUGGGACAGCCGGCGCCGCCAAGAGUCAUGAUGGGGCAGCCUGCGGUGGCCGGAAUCGAUCCCUCCAUGUACGCGCAGCAGCCGGCGCAGGCUUGGCAGCCAAUGUGGCACCAGGGGCUUUCGGAGGAUGGCAGCGGUCAGAGUUUGGACGGGCCGGGAUAUGCUGCUCCUCCGCCGCCCGGUUCCCAGUGAGGAAGAUGAUGCACAUAGAGAUCAGAGACUACUGUGGCUUCUCUUCCAUGCUUUCCUUCAUUGCUCAUGUACGUAGAGAUCAACACUGCUUGUGAUGAUGGGCUCUGACACUGUUCUCAUGAAUGAUCGGAUGCUUGCUUCCA